AUGUUCAGAGGAGUGAAACUGUUUUAUAAUCUCUUACACCAGGGAUUCUAUCAGCUUCUGGAGCCCAAGGUGACGAUUCGCUGCCGCAAACAGGACGUGCAGCUGGUACAGGCGUCCAUCCAGAGGAACAUUCCCAUCUAUAAAGCAGGCGUGAAGAGCAACCUGGAGACCCGCAUCGACCAGGACAACUUCCUCUCCCCAGACAUCUCUGGAGGGAUUGAGAUCUAUAACAGCAACGGGAAGAUCAAGGUGGCCAACACUCUGGAGAGCAGACUGGACCUCAUGGCUCAGCAGAUGAUGCCUGAAGUCCGAGUGGCUCUGUUUGGCGCCAACCCAAACCGCAAGUUCCUGGACUGAGUCGCUGUAUCAGAGGAAAACAAAAAUCCCCCUUUUUAUUUCUUAUGUUGUCAAAUGAAAGACGUCAUUCCUCGUGUCUGCGAAGCGACGGAAUCUCCGACGAAGAAGAGACGCGUUGUUGUUGUGUGAUGUGUUGCUGUAUUUUUCUGUGCAUUAAGGGACGAGAUAAACACUGCAACUUAAAAUUACAGAUGUGCAUCAUCAUCCUCCUCCUCCUCAUCCUCGAAGGUACUGCACAGCUGUGAUGGUUUACUCCCCCCUCCGAGGGUCUCGGUUUACACUGAUGAGUCGGGGAUGGCUGGAUGUUUUAACAGGUCGCCCUCUAAUUGAAUCAGGCUUCAUGACACGCACACGUCAUCUGUGUGUCAGCUCUCCCUCUGUCAUUAACCUCUCCCCCACAUUACAAGCUGCAUGGGGCAUUGUGUUGCUAAUGGGUGUCUGCUCCAACCAAUCACAGAGGCAAAAAAAAUGGCGUCCGUGAGACAAACCCCCAAGACCGUGCUUGACCUUCCGCAGUUAAUUUAUUGCCGUUGCAUCGACUUGUCUGUUAUUCUUCCGUCAUGAGUUCAAGAGUGGGUGCUAUCAUUCCAGAGCGGGCACUGUAUGUAUAUGAGGUUUCCAGAGUAAAUUAUACGUAUGUGUGGUUGUUGUUUUAUCGUUUGUUUUUUUGGAUUGUGUCUCAAACUGAAAAUGUUAAAUUGUGGAAAAUGUAAAACAUAAUAAAAUAUAAAUCAUUAGUACCA